AUGGGUGGUAUUGGACCCGUCGGGGAUAGACCGGUGCCACAUGUCCAAUUGUUCGAUAGCCGUUUGAAUAAAUGGCGCUUAUUGACACCGCUGCCAGAAAAUGCUAAAACCCCGCUUAUAUGGACAAAUAAAGAAGAAUCAAUUUUAUAUCUGCAAUUUUGUUCGUCAUCUACAACGUGUAGAAAUCAACAAGCUCACAUCCUGUGGUCAUAUAAACGGAAAACAGAAAAAUGUUUAUUCUAUUUGAAUGUUAACUGUACAAUUCGAAAACUACAAAGUAUUCCAUAUGCAAAUCAUCGUCGAAGUACGGAAUUAAAAUGGGAAACAUUAUUUUCACAAAUUUACUUAUUAAAUAUGCCUGAAGCAGUUCAACGUUUACGUCAAACAUGGUACGAAUUAAGUAAAAUGGAAUUGACAUCUAUCACUUUAUUUGAGGGAUUUCAAAUACAGAAUUCGGAAACAACACCUGCAUUAAUACAAAAUGACUUGCUAUGGCCACUUGAGAUGGAAAAGUGGAAAUCAAAGAAUGAUACAAAAGCCAUUUCAAAUUAUAUUCGUUCAAGUAUAUCGUUGAAAUUAAUAUUUAUGAACAUGUGGACAAGAAACAUAGAUACAAAGGCAAAUCAAAAGCCAAUACUAAUCCUGGAAGAUGAAAAAUAUUGA